AUGCGGCAAGUCCCAUUGAGGACACCCGCCGGAAAAUACAACCACGCAACGUAUGAAGCUCUGGAUAACCAUCAUAUGACAAUCCUCGAUGUGCGUGGAAAGGAAGAAGACUACAAACUCUUCACAAAUGGGUUUGAGUACAUUGAUAAGCUUGAGCUCAGCGGAUUAAUUGAGCAUAUCCAAAGUCAAAAUAUUGAAAGUAAAGACAAGGUGAAAGGAUUUUUAGCAGGACUUCAGGGACCAAUUUGCCAGAUGAUAAAGGAUACAUACAACGCUAAAGAAGUGGUUGUUUAUGCUACAAGAAACAAAGCAAUGGUUCCGACAGAAGCAGCACGAGCAGCGAAACAGACUGCUGUAGGAAUUCACUCAGACUAUUCCCCAGAGGCUGCGAAUUAUAUGUUUAAACAUAUGGAAGUCAUCCAUGGUGAUCCGGUCAAAUUCCGCGAAUCAGUUGAGGAAACUGGCCGAUGGGCUUUUGUUCAUGUUUGGACCCCAGUCUCCACAAUGAAAUUCAACCAUGUUGCAGUGGCCGAUUGGACUACCGUUGACGAGAAUGACACAUUCGCAGUUGGCUUUAAAGAACCUCACCCAACAGACGGCUGUCGACAUUGGAAAUACAACCCAAAACAUACAUGGCAUUACAAAAGCCACCAAAAACCUGGGGAGUUUCUUCUAUACACCCAGUACAAAAGUGAUGUGGAUGGUGGAAUGACAUUGCCGCAUAGUGGAAUUGCUGAACCAGGUGUUGAGAAACCCGCAUCUAGCACAUGGAACGCAGGUUUUGAGAUUAGGGUUGCAAUGGCUCUUUAG